GGUUUUCCCCGAUUAGUGCACAAUCUUGUACAAGUGAAUGGUUUUGUUUCUGGGGGUUAAAGCGUAGCAUUACCCUGGCAGUAGCUGGUCAAUUCACUGUGGAUCUUAAAACAACCGCAUAGAAUUACUACCUUACCUUCGUUUUUGAUCAGUACUAAACAAAAGAGUUGAAUAUAUGGAGCCAGCAGGACAUUCUGCGCAGGCGAAGCCGCGCCAGGAGGUUUCAACUAAACCUCAAGAUGCCAAACCCCGUCUGCUACUGAUGGGUCUCCGACGGAGCGGAAAAUCCUCAAUUGCUAGUGUUGUCUUCCAUAAAAUGCCUCCAAACGAGACACUCUUCCUGGAGUCAACUACUCGCAUUCAGAAAGAUUCCAUCCACUCAUUCAUGGACUUCCAGGUUUGGGAUUUUCCUGGACAGCUGGAGUAUCUGGAACCGUCUUUCGACCUCGAAGAUAUCUUCGGCAGCCUUGGCGCACUUGUCUGGGUGAUUGACGCGCAAGAUGACUACCUGGACUCGGUCGCGCGGCUGAACCGUACCAUCCUGACCGUCCAGCAGUAUUACCCUAACAUCAACAUCGAAGUCUUCAUCCACAAGGUUGACGGUCUUUCGGAAGAGUACCGCACCGAUACCUUCCAGGAUAUCGUGCAGCUCAUUUCGGAUGAGCUUAGCGAUGCGGGCUAUGAGAAUGCCCCCGUUCAUUAUUAUCUCACGUCCAUUUACGAUUACUCGGUUUUCGAGGCGUUCAGCAAGGUGAUCCAGAAGCUGAUCCCGAACCUGUCGACCCUGGAGAACCUGAUCAACACACUCGGCAACAACUGCGGAUUUGAGAAGACCUAUCUAUUCGAUGUUCUCAGCAAGAUUUACAUUGCUUCCGAUACGCGCCCUGUCGACAUGUCUUGCUACGAAAUGUGCUCAGACUAUAUCGAUGUGAUUGUGGACAUCUCGGAGCUAUACUCAUGGGAUCACCCUGACCGCAAGCCCAAGGGAGAGCAAAACCAAGAGGCGGAGAGCCAUGUGGUCCUGCACGACGAGACUAUGAUUCACCUGAUGGAAAUGAACAAAUACCUUUGUCUCGUAUCUGUGAUUCGAAAUCCCGAGGCCAAGGAGAAGAAGGGCUUGAUUGAUAUGAACUGCCGUACCUUCCAAGAGGCCCUUAAUGAUGUCUUUUCUCGCAGCUGGGAACAGGAGCAAGAGGGAUCUGAACAGGGGCCGGUACAGGGACAGGUGACGGAACAUGGGGAGCCGAGUCCGAAUGCCUGAUAUUGAAUUUGUUGCCGCUGCAGCGC